AUGAACGCCAGCGCCGCCUCGCUCAACGAGUCCCAGGUGGUGGCGGUGGCGGCUGAGGGAGCGGCUGCUGCGGCCACCGUGGCAGGGGCGCCGGACGCCAGGGAAUGGGGACCCCCUGUGGCGGCCGCGGCACUGGGAGGCGGCGCCGGCGCUAACGGGUCGCUGGAGCUGUCGUCGCAGCUGCAGGCGGGGCCGUCGGGACUGCUGCUGCCCGCGGUGAAUCCAUGGGACGUGCUGCUGUGCGUGUCGGGGACUGUGAUCGCGGGGGAGAACGCGCUGGUGGUGGCGCUCAUCGCGUCCACCCCGGCCCUGCGCACGCCCAUGUUCGUGUUGGUGGGCAGCCUGGCCACCGCCGACUUGCUGGCGGGCUGUGGCCUCAUCCUGCACUUUGUGUUCCAGUACUUGGUGCCCUCGGAGACUGUAAGCCUGCUCACCGUGGGCUUCCUCGUGGCCUCCUUUGCCGCCUCGGUGAGCAGCCUGCUGGCCAUCACAGUGGACCGUUACCUGUCACUGUACAACGCGCUCACCUAUUACUCGCGCCGGACCCUGUUAGGCGUGCACCUUUUGCUCGCCGCCACCUGGACGGUGUCCCUAGGCCUCGGGCUGCUGCCGGUGCUUGGCUGGAACUGCCUGGCAGAGCGCACCGCCUGCAGCGUGGUGCGCCCACUGACGCGCAGCCACGUGGCGCUGCUCUCCGCUGCCUUCUUUGCGGUCUUCGGGAUCAUGCUGCACCUGUACGUGCGCAUCUGCCAGGUGGUGUGGCGCCACGCGCACCAGAUCGCGCUGCAGCAACACUGUCUGGCGCCGCCCCACCUCGCUGCCACCAGAAAGGGUGUGGGCACGCUGGCCGUGGUGCUGGGCACUUUCGGGGCCAGCUGGCUGCCCUUCGCCAUCUAUUGCGUGGUGGGCAGCCACGAGGACCCGGCCAUCUACACCUAUGCCACCCUGCUGCCUGCCACCUACAACUCCAUGAUCAAUCCCAUCAUCUAUGCCUUCCGCAACCAGGAGAUCCAGCGCGCCCUGUGGCUCCUGUUCUGUGGCUGUUUCCAGUCCAAAGUGCCCUUCCGCUCCAGGUCCCCCAGUGAGGUCUGA